UUCCACACGAACGACACCGUUUGGCUGGAAAGCAUUAGAAGUGAACGCAUUCACUGACUCAUCUUUGACCUCCCAAAUUGGGCCUUUUUCCAAACCCUAGCCUCACAUCACCGCCAUCGUCGUCCUCCUUCCGCUAUAGAACCAUCUUCAAUUUCUCUCAUCCCUUUCCCCUUUCUCCAAUUCGCCACUCUCUCUCUUCAAUUUGAGAUCCUUCGAACCCCUCUUUCGCUUUCUCUCUCCCCCCGAAACCCUAUGCGCCGAAGAUAAUCGUGUGUUCUUCUCCCCACCCGAAGAUCCGUGGAUCCCUCCAAGGCCAGAUCGAGGUAAACCCUACUCGAUUCAGUGGUUUUUCAUUUUCGUUUUCAUUUUUAAUUUUUGGGGCAAUGCAAUUUCGGAGUUGGUGGUGACAUAAGCGAGAGUUGAGAAUUUGGGCACUUGAAUUGUUGGGUAUGCCGCUACUUGGUUCACUGGUUUAUAUCAGGAGUUAAAGUUGGGAUCUUUUCAUUUGGGUAUUGAGGUUUUUGUUUUUGUUUUUGUUUUUAUUUUGCCCCUUUCUGGUUGACUAGUGGAUUAGAUUUUGGAUAGUGAUGUCUGUGAACAAUAAUAACCCUUCUAAGGGCAUUGGAGCCUCUUCCUCAUCCUUUGGCAAUGCCGGAAUACCCUCCAAUUCUAUACCUGGAAACCCUGGUUUUUCACAGUCCCAAGCCCAGGCCCAGAUUCCUGUUGGUUUUCAAGGGCAGUUUCCACUGUCCCAAGCCCAUGCUAUUGUCCAAGCUCAGUCCAAGGCUCAAGCCCAGGCUCAGGCCCAUGCCCAAGCAGCUGCGGCUGCUCAUGCUCAACUCCAGGCUCAUUUGCAAGCUCAGGGGUUGAGUCUUAAUCAGAGCCAGGCUGGUGGUUUGGGGAGUUUGGGGGUGUCGUCGCCUUCGGUUUCGAUGCCAGGCAACCUCAGUGGGAAACGGAUCCCUCUGAAACCGCCCAUUCGGCCUGUUGGAUUUUCCCCUCCCAACAGCUUCUCGCCCUUGAGACCAAUGGAGCUCACACCUGCCUCGCGGAGGAAGAAGCAGAAGCUCCCUGAGAAACAACUGCAAGAUAAAGUGGCUGCUAUACUGCCCGAGUCUGCGCUGUAUACACAACUUCUUGAGUUUGAGUCUCGUGUUGAUGCGGCACUUGUUAGAAAGAAGGCUGACAUCCAGGAAGCGCUAAAAAAUCCGCCUUGUAUUCAGAAAACUCUUCGAAUCUAUGUGUUUAACACUUUCGCUAAUCAAAUUCGCACGAUUCCAAAGAAGCCAAAUGCAGAGCCUCCAACCUGGACGCUGAAGAUAGUUGGGAGGAUAUUGGAAGAUGGUGUAGAUCCUGAUCAGCCGGGUGUAGUUCAGAAGUCAUCUCCUUUGUAUCCAAAGUUUUCAGCUUUCUUCAAAAGAGUAACCAUUUCUUUGGAUCAGAGAUUGUAUCCCGAUAAUCACAUUAUUAUGUGGGAGAAUGCUCGAUCACCUGCUCCACAAGAAGGUUUCGAAGUAAAGAGGAAAGGGGAUAAAGAAUUUUCAGUAAAUAUACGGCUGGAGAUGAAUUAUGUGCCAGAGAAAUUUAAGCUUUCACCAGCUUUGACAGAAGUUCUUGGUAUUGAGGUUGAUACCCGUCCGAGAAUUGUUGCUGCAAUCUGGCACUAUGUGAAGGCCAGGAAAUUGCAAAACCCAAAUGACCCUUCUUACUUUCACUGUGAUCAGCCACUUCAGAAAGUAUUCGGAGAAGAAAAAAUGAAGUUUACAAUGGUUUCGCAGAAAAUAUCAUCGCAUUUGUUCCCCCCACAGCCUAUACUUUUGGAGCACAAAAUCAAGCUCUCGGGAAACAGUCCAGUUGGGACUGCUUGUUAUGAUGUGAUGGUUGAUGUUCCUUUUCCUAUUCAGAGGGAGCUGUCUGCUUUAUUGGCUAAUGUGGAAAAGAACAAAGAGAUUGAGACAUGUGAUGAAGCAAUAUGUGGAGUCAUUAGAAAAAUCCAUGAGCACCGUAGGAGACGGGCAUUCUUUCUUGGUUUUAGUCAAUCGCCAGUAGAAUUCAUUAAUGCUUUGAUUGAAUCUCAAAGCAGGGAUCUGAAACUCGUAGCUGGAGAACCUAGUCGUAAUGCGGAAAAAGAGCGUCGAUCUGAUUUCUUCAACCAACCCUGGGUUGAAGAUGCUGUUAUUCGUUACCUGAAUCGCAAACCAGCCGCCGGAAGUGAUGCUCCAGGAAGCACAUGACACCAGGAGUACUAUACUAGGGCUCUAUAUUUUAGUCAUUCAUCCCUUUUGGCGAUGUAUUUGAAGAUAUAUAUACUAUGAGAAUUGAGAAAUUCUGAAGUAGCUAGUUUUCCAACUUCCAUGGUGUAUUAGUGGCCGGAAGGAAUGCUGCUCCAAAGUAAUAUACAAUAUGUUGUUGUAUGGGUAGUAGUGUGAGCACAACUAGUUGCAGUGCUGAUUAAUUGCUUGUUAGGUGAUAUAAAUGGUGCCACAGUUUCAUAGUUUCACGUCCUAGUGGUAGUUAACUGUGGUGGAUUCUUUGAUUACCUCACAGAUCAUUUCUCCACGCAAGAUGCUUGACAUUAUGAAAAAAUUGUAUUAGGAAUGAUUGAUUGGUGUACAGGAUCUUCAGUUGUCUUUUGACAACAUAUGAGAAAACAAAUGUUGCACGCCAUCACUGUCGUA